AUGUUGCUGCCACUACUUCUGGCACUGCACUUGAUUAUGGUCAUUCCUGGGAGAAGCUGGAGUUUCUGGAAAGAGCCUCCUGAUAGUUACUCAUGGUACCAUUCUCUGCAGACGGUGGGAGAAAGAUUCGAGGACCACAUUAAGACCAUAGAUCUUCUGCUGCAAAAACUUGACAACUGGAUGGAAGAGCACUUGGGGGCUUUAGACCAAUUGGUGAGUGAUCAUGUCAUGAAGCUAUGGGAGUGGCUGGAGGAGCAUAGCAAGGAUCUCAACACAUGGCUUAAUAUGUACUUAUGGGCCCUUCAAGAAUUUAAUGAUAGAUAUAUGAAAGAUUCUGACUAUACGCUGGGCAAAGAGAUCCUACUCCAUGGCACAUGUUGGGAAGCAGACAUGUGGCUAGAACACCCUAAUAUUACCCUAUACAAGUGGCUGGAGGAGGACCCUAUGAACUUCUACAAAGCACUGGAGAUCCAGGGCAACAAUGUGGGUAAUUCACUGCAUAUCCAUAUCCAGCACUUAGAAGACCAUGUAAAAAUCCUACACCAGCUACUGGACAACUACACAACAACUGCCACUAAGUGGCUGGAUGGGUAUGGCACACUGAAAGAAGCAUCAUCUCAGAAAUAUGCCUGGAAGUUUCUAAAUGUGGGUCUACAGGCACAAAAGCUAGGAAGAGCACAUGCAACAGCUCUGGAAAGUAAAUGCCUCAGUGUCAUGAAGUGGCUGGAAGAGCAUGUUGAUGCCUUGGAACAGUGGCUAUGGGACUCCAUAAAUUGGCAACAGAAAGAAAAGAAUAUAUUAAAGGCAUUAUCCAAUGCUUUCAAGUAA